CCAUGAUUUCCGUCGAUUAUGACAGGGCUCAUAUUUUGUUCAGACGACUGGGAUGUUUGUGCAGGCAAACGUGACACAGCAUGAGAAUAAGAUGAAGCCUAACUCACUGCUCCGAAAGUUCUUUGUUCAGCAGAACGGCUGUCCUGGUACCGAUGGACGGUUCGCCUAUCAUCUCAGAAUGUUGUUUAAAUGUGUUCGUUGGGCUUGACCUCAAUUCAAAAUUUCCAUCGUCAUACAUAUCAAGUGAUCUGAAGCUCCAAACGGCGUAUUCGCAACGAACAAGCAUAUUCUGUGUCAACAACAAUGGUUACACCACGACCUUUCGACAUUCACAGCAAGUUCAGUGCUGUUCGCAACAGCCCCGAAGAGCCGAAAAGAUCGCUGCAACCUCAGUCAUUUUCGAAAUCAUCGCCGAACCUGCGUAGUCCCUACCGUCAACAACAUCAAGAAGAAGACGAUGAAGAUCAAGAUGACACAGCGAGCGAAGGAAAAAUCACCGGCCCCGAGAUUCCGCCUGAUGCAGUCCCAGCAGUGCCCACACCCAUCCUAGAAGAACAAGUCCGGCUCCUAAAGGUCAAGACCGAGCUUACCAUCCUGAAGCACUACGCCGCAGAUCUGGAGAGCCACCUCCAGCAUGUUACCGAGCUCAAAUAUAUCCGAAAAUCGGUGGAAAAAGUGGCGGAUACGAUUUUGAGUUCUUUGUCGCAUCUGCAAAGCGACCGAUCGGAUCCCGGGUUUGCGAAGAUCUUGGAGAAUCUGGAAAAUGUUUUGAGGUUGUCCCAGCAGGCGAUACGAGAUGAGACGAGAUAUGUCGUUCAGAUUUGUGGGAAGAUGGAUGGUAUGGUUGCAGGAGGAAAGCCUCGUAAAUAUGGCCGUGCCGCAAAGUGAUUGCUUGACCGUUUGGUGUAUCAAACAAUACUCAUUUUCGCUUCAUGUAGCAAUAUUGAUUUCACGAUAACAAAGACACGGUCGGACUUACAAUCAUCAUAUUUGUCGUAAGAGCUUGGUAAAAUUAGCGAGUAUCUAUACAUCGUCCAUGUUCAGGGCAGU